GUGUGAAUUCCGUGUGGUGGAGACUGGUAGUGUCAAAGAGGAGUCCCGAUUCCUGUCUGGGGAAUGACAGAGGGAUGCUUGGUUGGCAGUGUGAGACUGACUGCCCCAGGCCCUCCCUGGCAAGGCUCCCCUUGCCUGGAUCUCUGUGAGGGUCUCUAGGGUGCUGGGGUCAGUUGCAGGAGCUCUGUUCCAUCUUCCUGACAGGAGGGGCGGGAGCUGACUCGCUUCACCCACCAGCCUACCUCUGAGAUCAUUGUCUCAGAAGACCCUGACUGAGCUAUGCAUGUCUCUGAAAGCCUUUCCAGGAGAGGGUGGGCUGGCUUCAUAAAGGCUAAGUGCCGUUCUGUGUUCCUGCCAGACAGCUUGAUAUACGGUGCAAUGCUGGUAAACGCUUGCGUGUGGGAUUUUCUUCCUUUCUCUCUUUCUUUUAGCCCACCUCAGAGCUGUCCCCUGAAUGGCGGCUGACAAUUAGCUGCUAAGUAAAAGGAGGCACUUAUUUUUAUUGUGCUCUGACAGCUUUAUGUUUACUCUCUGAAAGCCAAGGGAGCCUCUUGUGUGUAAAGGUGAGUAGGGAGACGUGUUGGGAAGGGGCAGGGCAGGUGCUGACACAUCCGUAGGAUUCCUCCCAGGGCUCGGAACCUGGACAGUCUUUGCAAGCAUGUGCUGAUCUGGAAGCCAGCGAGGACAGUUAGCUCUUACAGUGCAGGAGGAGAGGCCAGACUGGCUCCUCAGAGGCAGAGCAGCCAUGCCUCACGUCCCCAGGAUGCCGCACUGGGAACUGGGUUGUGGCUUUCCCACCUUGGCGCUGCUCUUUUGCUGGGACGUCAGGAAGAGAGCCCCCAAGCUCCGAAAGAAAGCGGUGUUUGGUCAGCGUUUGGAUGAGACUGUGGCCUACGAGCAGAAGUUUGGCCCUCAUCUGGUACCCAUCCUGGUGGAGAAGUGCUCCGAGUUCAUCCUGGAGCACGGUGUGAGUGAAGAGGGCAUCUUCCGCCUGCCAGGGCAGGACAACCUAGUGAAGCAGCUGAGAGAUGCUUUCGAUGCAGGGGAGAGGCCCUCCUUUGACAGGGACACAGAUGUGCACACGGUGGCCUCUCUAUUAAAGCUCUACCUCCGAGACCUGCCAGAGCCUGUGGUUCCUUGGAGUCAGUACGAAGGGUUCCUGCUCUGUGGGCAGCUCAUGAACGCAGAUGAGGCAAAGGCUCAGCAGGAGUUGGCAAAGCAGCUUUCCAUCCUUCCCCGAGACAACUACAACCUCCUGAGCUACAUCUGCAGAUUUCUGCAUGAAAUCCAGCUGAACUGUGCGGUCAACAAGAUGAGCGUGGACAACCUGGCCACUGUGAUCGGAGUGAACCUCAUCAGGUCGAAGGUUGAAGACCCUGCUGUGAUCAUGAGAGGGACUCCUCAGAUCCAAAGAGUAAUGACCAUGAUGAUCAGAGACCACGAAGUCCUCUUCCCCAAGUCUAAGGAUACACCACUCUCACCCCCAGCCCAGAAAAAUGAUGCCAAGAAGGCCCCUGUGCCCCGAAGCUCUGUGGGAUGGGAUGCCACCGAAGACCCACCCCUUUCUAGGACAGACAGCUUCAGUAACACAGCAAGUAGUCCUGAUGCCACUAGUCCCACAGGACCACAGCCAGGUGACCAGCAUCAGGAAGACAGUGGAAAAACCCCCAAGGAAAACCUGGGAGACUGGAAGAUGCAAUCCCGUAAAAGGACUCAAACGCUCCCCAACCGGAAGUGUUUCCUGACGUCGGCAUUCCAAGGAACCACUAGCAGCAAACUGGAAAUCUUUAAAAAUGAGUUCUGGUCUCCAUCUUCAGAGGCUAAAGCAGGAGAAGGGCACAGGAGAACUAUGUCUCAAGACUUGCGCCACCUUUCCAGUGACCAGAGGACUUCUACCUACGAUAAUGUCCCCACCCCAUCAGGGUCCCAAGGGAACCCAGCAGACGCACUCUCUCCCCUUGCCAGUGACUCCAAGAGAGAUGCUCUUGUCAGCACAGACUCUGAAAUGGAGUCUGGAAGCAAGAACUCUGGCGAGGAUGACCUCGAUUCUUUGCAGAGGACGGUCCAGCACCUACAGAAGGAAAUAGAAACCCAGAAGCAGAUGUAUGAGGAACAGAUUAAAAACCUGGAGAAGGAAAAUUAUGAUGUCUGGGCUAAGGUGGUGAGGCUCAAUGAAGAACUGGAGAUGGAGAGGAAGAAAUUUGCGGCCCUGGAAAUCACCCAUCGGAAUGUGGAGCGCUCCCGUGAAGAUGUUGAGAAGAGGAACAGAGUCUUGGAAGAAGAAGUCAAGGAGUUUGUGAAAUCGAUGGAGAAGCCCAAGACAAAGACCGAUGCUUGAAGAUCUGAGUUGUGUGGCAGGGACAGUCAACUCCACUCCAUUUCUUCAUGCUCCUAAUGAGCAGGAAGCAGGAUCACCUCCUAGGAUGGACAGGUAUCUGAGGGGAUGUACCACAAUCCUCAGCAAAUCCACAGAAGAUGAAAGUGUGCAGGAACAUGCCAGGACACUAGCCACCAUGUGCUGUGCUCUGAGGAUUGCUUUAUCCACUGUGGGAAGAGUGAACUGGAACAUUCUAGUGCAUGACCAGGUCCAAAGGAGACAUUUAAGGUGUGUGACAUCUCAGGACCCCAGGCCAGAGCUAGGCCAAGGCCUCACUUGCCUGGUCAGAUGGCUCUGAUCAGCUCUGAAACAUGGGCAGAAAAUGUUACUUCUCUCUCCAGUGCUGGCCACCUGAGGGCUGCUCCGAGAGGCUGGACUGUUGGAACCAGAAUCAAACAGUAUUUAUGAAAGCAAACUUAUAUUCAAAUAAAGAAAACAAAAAACAAAAAUGGAGCAAGGAUAUUGACAACCUAUGAAACACUUUUAUUAGAAUUAGUAAAAGGGGGUUUGGAGAGUUGGCUCAGUGGCUGAGAGCAUCAGCUGCUCUUUCAGAGGACUCAGCAUCCACACGGUGGCCAACAACCAUUUGUAGCUCCAGUUCCAGGAGAUCUGACACCCUCUAAGGGCACUGUAUAUACAUAUGCUGCCCAUACAUAUAUGCAAACAAACACCCAUACACAUCAAAUAGAUACAUACAUAUAUAUACACACAUACAUACAUAAACACACACACAUACAUACAUAUAUACAUACCAGCAGCAAAGAAAAAGGAAUUAGUAAAAAGGUACCUCUUGCUUGAAGCAGAUGAGUCUUUCUCACAGUAGAUGGCUGUGUGUCCAGGGCUUUGGUCCUGAGCUUCCCUCCAGUGGACAAAACUUGUCUGGAAAGCCUAAGAGCCAAGGUUGCCAACUGUGAAAUGACUUUAGGAGUGUGGAGCAUCGCUACAGUGUAGUGAAGAGUUAAGAUUAUUGAUUAUUAUCGUCAUUGUUGUUAUUGUUACUUUACUUCAACAAAAUGAAAAUGUGUUUCUUUACUCUUGA